AGCACUUGCCCCACGGCCUCGACCCUUCCCCCUCCCACUUCUCCCCACAGCCGUCCUCCUGCUCCCAGUCUCAACAAAGAGCUCUUCUCUCAUCCCCUCACAUCGUUCCAUCAGCUGACACCUCCUACCCUCUCGAUCCGACCUCUUCGUCACCGUUGCUCUUUUCGUACCUACGCUAGACCUCGCGGACAUACCCUACUCCCGUCCAUACUAUCGACCCCAACCCCGAGAUGGGAAGCAUCCAAAUACCAGAGGCCGAACACGAGGCUGUCAUCGUACCCUCCAUCCCUGCUACACCCGCGGUAGCCCUAGUACCCGAUACCCCCGCUGGCACCCUCUGCGAUGGUCAGGACACAGCCAUGGGCAAGGACAGUAGUAUUGACCAUCACGCAGCCGAGAAGACCACGACAGCGGCGGCUGCGGCGGAGGACGAUGCCGAAUACCCACGUGGAGUGAGGUUUAUCCUCAUCAUGCUCGUCGUUGCAUUUGACGUAUUUCUCGUCGCACUCGAUCAGACUAUCGUUUCCACCGCGGUGCCUCAAGUGACGAAUGAGUUCAACAGCUUCAGCGACGUAGGAUGGUACGGAAGUGCCUACCUGCUCACCUCCACCGCCUUCCAGCCCCUCUUCGGUCGACUGUACGCCUCAUUCGGCGUCAAGUGGAUUUAUCUCCUCGCCUUUUGCAUCUUCGAGCUAGGUUCCCUCCUCUGCGCCGUCGCCACAUCUUCACCCAUGUUCAUCGUCGCACGAGCCAUUGCCGGUCUGGGAAUGGCCGGAGGUUACUCGGGAUGUCUCAUCAUCAUCAACCUCGUCGCACCUCUGCACGUCAGGCCCCUUUUGACCAGCUUGGUCGGAGUCAUCUAUGGAAUUGGAGGAACAAUCGGACCGAUCAUCGGUGGUGCACUGACAUCCGAGGCCACCUGGAGGUGGUGCUUCUACCUCAAUCUCUUUUGCAUCCCCGUCGUCGUCCCCGUCAUCGUCUUCUUCCUCAAAGUCAAGCACCGCCCUCAGACCACGUCUCUCACCGCCCGCCUCCUCGCAAUUGACUGGCUGGGCACCGCACUGAUCCUCUGCAGUCUCAUCUGUAUCCUGCUUGUCUUUCAAUGGGGUGGUAUCAAGUAUGCCUGGUCCGACUCGAGGAUCAUUGGACUCAUUGUCGGAUUCUUUGCCAUUGCAGUCGCUUUUGCUGUCGACCAGUGGUACAUGGUAGACAGGGCUACGACACCCUUCAGGAUCUUUAAGCAACGCACGAUCCUCGGAGGAAGCAUUGUCAACUUUAUGGUCGGAGCUACCUACUUUGCUGAGCUUUACUUUUUACCAAUCUACUUCCAAUCGAUCAAGGGAGACUCAGCCAUCAGGAGUGGAGUUGCAACUCUGUCCUUCAUCAUCUCUGUCAUCUUCUCCGUCUCCAUGACGGGCGGUCUGGUGAACAAGUUCGGUCACUAUAUUCCUUUCCUCUUCAUUGGCACCGCCCUAAUGACCAUCGGCGCUGGUACCCUCUACACUCUCCAGCCCGACACGGGUCUCUCCCAGUGGGUCGGCCUUCAGUUCCUCGCUGGCUUUGGACCAGGCAUGACUUUCAUGCUGCCCUUCAUCGCCAGCACUGCCGUCCUCGCGCCCGCAGAUAUAGAACUCGGCAGCGCCGUCGUCAUCUUCUGGCAGACAUGCGGUGGUGCAAUCGCCGUCUCUCUUGCGCAGUCCAUCUUCCAAAACAAGUUCUCUCUUUACCUCUCUGGCAUCCCCGGAAUCGACCCUGCUGCCAUCCUCUCCAAGGGUGUGUCCGCCUUCCGCGAAACGACUCCACCCGAGUUCUUGCCCGCCGUAGUGGCCGCGGCGAAUCAGGCACUGGGCAAAGUCUGGCUGGCAAUUGUGGUGCUUGGGGGAGUAAGCUUCUUCAGCGUCUUCCUCAUGGAACUCGAUCGAAAGAUUGACGUAGAGGCGAGCAAGCAGGGAGAGGUGGAUAAGAAGGCCAAUCGAUCCGCUCCUGGGGAAGGGGAUGUGGAGAGGGCUAGCACAGAGCCUUAAAGUGGAGGAGCAGGAAGGCGAGGGAAGAUGAUGAUAGUAGAGUGUAUAGAAGAUGCUCGCAAGUACAAACCGCCUUGACCGAGGAUCUUUGUGUCUUCUUGUAAUAGAGCCUCCGUAUAAUGCCUGCCCGCCC